UGGAGCCUCCCGGAAGGUGCGCGGCGGGCGCUGCACGUGGCCCGGCGCAGAUGGGGGCGCCCGGCGGGGCGGCGGCCUCGGGGCUUCCCGCGGGGCCCGCCCGCUUCCGCUGCCCGGAGGACUUCUGCGCGCGGUGCUUGGACCCCGGCGCCGCCAUCUGCCUGGGGGCGCCCGGCAAGCGCCUGCUGCUCAUCCGCGCCCCGGCCGACUUCCGCCCGGAGAGCCUCUCCGGCCACCGCCUGCCGCUCCUGGGCUCCCCACUUCUGAGGACAUCGCAGCCGGACGGCAGCCAGAAAGUCUACGGUCUCCGAGCGACCCGGGAGGAGAGCGUCGCCCGCCUGCUGAUCGCCGCUGGCCGGCCGGAGCGGCUCGUCUGCGCCCAGCCCUUCGGGGGCUCCCUGAAGAUCCAGGAGAGAGACAGCGCGCCCGACGCCCCCCGGCCGCUCUUCCCCGUGCCGGAGAGGCCGCCCCCGAAGGUCCCCGCAGGCCUCAAGCAGCGUUUCUUCCCCUUCGGGGCCCGGCUCCCUUCCUCGGGAGCGCCGCCCCGGAAGGUUGCCCGGGCGAGGGGCAAGAAGCGGCCGCUGCUGCUUUGGAAGCAGGCGCUCUGGCCGUCGGAGGGUCCCGAGCAGCGCCCCCUGAAGGAGGAGGCGGAGGAGCCGGCGGCGGCAGCGGCACCUGGGCCAGCCACGCUCCCAGGGCUUGGGGGCCGGCUGCUGUGGCAGGAUGCCCGGCCAAGUGGCCACUUAGAGGAGGCUUCCUGGUCGGGAGAGGCGGGCAGGAGAGCCAGGAAGAAAGCGAAGAAGCGGAAGACCCGCCCGGAGACGGAGGAGUUGCCGAAUCCCAGUUCCAGGUACUGGCAGCCUGAAUGGGAACUCCGCUUGCAGGGAGGGAGGGAGGCGGAGAUGCCAGAGGCCGGGGCAGAGGGGCUGUGGGGAGCUGCUGCCACCAAGGAGGAGCCGGGGGAUGCCCCCUGUCUGGGGAGCCUCCUGGAAGAGAAUCCGAGGGGCACUGGAGAGGACCCUGCUGGGGAAGUCCCCAGCGGCAAGAAGAAGAAGAAGAAGGAGAGGAGGAGCCGAGAGAGAGCGGCGGAGGGGCUGUGGGGCCUGGCUGCCAUCAAGGAGGAGCCGGGGGAUGCCCUCUGUCUGGGGCACCUUCCGGAAGAGCAUCUGGGCCCAGCUGGGGAACUCCUGGCCUGCAAAAAGGAGAAGCUGGACAAGGAGCCUCUAUGGGAACAGGGGACAGAAACGCAGCAGCGCCUGGAGUCCAACGUGCUGGACUGGGCUGCCCCCCUCUGGCAAGAGGCAGAGGGGCUGGAAGAGCCAUGGCAAAGGAACGGAGCGGCCCCCAGACCCAAAAAGAAAGGCAGGAGGAGGGAGAGGGAGGACCAGGCUGGACUAUUUGCAGCUGGAACUUAACAGCCGGGGAGGGACAGCUCUCUUCCGGCCAAGUGUCCCUGUUUUAUUCAUGCGAAUAAAUUCAGGAGCUCUGAAGGCUCCGCCAU